AUGGAUGAAAUUUUGUUUCCAACACAAAAUUCAUUGAGCGACAAUGAUGAUGUGGAUCUGAAGUUCUUUAACACAGCCUCCGAGACCCACAAAGACAGUGAAACCUCAGACACAGGCGAGGGCAAUGGAAAUGAUGGAGACACCGAUGGCAAGGAUAGCAAACAUGACGCCGAUGUGGACGGUGACUCCGGCGAGCCGUCGCAGAAGAAGCUAAAGACUAAAAAGGAGCUCGAGGAGGAGGAACGCGAGCGGAUGCAAGUGCUGGUGUCCAAUUUUACAGAGGAGCAACUGGAUCGGUAUGAGAUGUAUCGUCGAUCCGCGUUCCCAAAAGCAGCUGUUAAGCGACUGAUGCAAACUAUAACUGGCUGCUCGGUGUCACAAAAUGUGGUUAUUGCCAUGUCCGGCAUUGCCAAAGUGUUUGUCGGCGAGGUAGUGGAGGAGGCACUUGAUGUAAUGGAGGCACAGGGCGAAUCGGGUGCACUGCAACCAAAGUUUAUACGAGAGGCUGUGCGACGGCUGCGCAGCAAAGGACGCAUGCCCAUCGGACGCUUUCAGCAGCCUUACUUUAGAUUAAACUAAACCCUGUAUGAGUACGGUAGAUUAACGUUAGCUUGUAAGUUCGAGUUAAGUAAAAUGGUUAAUAAAUAUACAAAAGCGUC